AUGCCUUUCGAAUACAAGAAAGUCCUUCUCAUCGGCGCCACCUCGGGCAUCGGCGAGGCUCUCGCGGCCAAGAUGGUCGCGGAGGGCGUCAAGGUCGUUGUCGUGGGCAGGAGGCAGGAUAAACUCGAUGCCUUUGUGCAGAAGCACGGAAGCGACAAGGCGACGGCGUACGCCUUCGACAUCACGAAGCUGAGCGAGAUCAAGAAAUUUGCGGCCGACGUGACGGCAGCGCACCCGGACAUCGACAGCGUCUUCCUCAACUCGGGUAUCCAGCGUGGCAUGAACUUCCAGAAGCCCGAGAGCAUCGAUUUGGACAUUUUCGAACAGGAACUGACGACCAACUACACCUCUUUCAUUCACCUGACGGUGGCGCUGCUGCCGUUCCUGCAGCGCAAGAAGACGCGCACCAGCAUCAUCUACACGACGUCCGGCCUGGCGCUGACGCCCAUGGUGCGGUGCCCGAACUACUGCUCGACCAAGGCGGCGCUGCACCACUUCAUCCUGGUGCUGAGGCAGCAGAUGGUCGACGGCGGCUUCAACGUGCAAGUCGUCGAGAUCUUCCCGCCGGCGGUGCAGACGGAGCUUCACGACGCCGAGGUGCAACCUGACAUCAAGGACGGCCGCAGUGUCGGUAUGCCGCUCGCCGACUUUGUGAACGACACUUGGGCUGGCCUGGACGCCGGCAAGGACCAGAUCCCCGUGGGCACCAGCAAGAUGAGCUUCGACAGCUGGGAGCAGGACCGCCAGAAGGGCUUUGCGAAGAUGUCGGAGCACUUGAGCGAGUUCACGCAGAACUUCUACAAGCACGGCGAAGCGUGA